AUGCUCCGGAGGCCAUCAUUCACUAAAUUCUCAACCACAACCAUAUUCAUCCUAACAUGUCUCUUCUUCAUCCUCUAUUACCACCCCAUGAGACUAGCAGCACCAGAAGGCCCCCCCGAAUAUGAUACAUCCAGAAAGGGCUUCCAACCAGCAUCGCCGCGGAUCCCAGAGAAGAUCUGGUACAAAGUUGGACCUAAAGGGUUGAGUGACCAGUCACAUGAAUGGUUGGACGAUUGUCUCCACAAAAACCCUGCUCAUAGCGCGCAGAUCAUGACAGACCUCACGGGCGAUCAAUAUGUCGAACAAAAAUUCGGUCAUCGUCCCGACAUCGUCCACGCCUACCUUUCUCUGUCCGUGCCGAUCCUGAAAGCGGAUUUCCUGCGCUAUCUGCUUCUUUUCAUCGAGGGGGGCAUCUGGGCUGAUCUUGAUGUCUCGUGUGGUGAUGUACCAAUUAGAGAAUGGAUCCCGGAGACAAUGCGCGCUAAAGCUGGGCUUGUUGUUGGGUGGGAGUUUGACGUUGGCUGGGGAGAUAGUUUUAUUCGGCAGUUUGAGAGUUGGACCAUUAUGGCGGCGCCGGGUUCGCCGCAUCUUUUGAUGGUUAUUGAUGAUAUUAUGGAUGGGAUUCGCGAGAAGACGGAGGAGUAUGGGGUUCCUGUUUCCGGGUUGACUUUGGAGAUGACGGGGAAUGUGAUUGACUUUACGGGGCCCAGGCGGUUGACCCGUGGGAUUUUGAAGAGUCUGGAAUUGGUUCGCAAUGAGACGAUUGAUAUGCCGAGUAUUUCGAAUCUCUUGGAGCCUGUUUUGGUUGAGGAUGUUUUGAUCUUGCCUGGGUAUUCAUUCGCUGCAUCGUCGAAUACUUAUAGCAAUGAGAAUGUGACUGGUCCUUCAUUAGUCCAGCAUCAUUAUGCAGGCAGUUGGAAGAAUCAUAAUGGUGGUGAGAUAUGA